GCAAAUCAGUCACACGUUUUGGAAACAGUUUUAAAAGUUUCUUCAUUUUGCAGAAGACAGACUGUCGUUGGCUUCCACAGAAGGGAUGGAGAUGUGAAGAAUAAAAACGUUGUCAAACAUCGAUCACAAAUGGACUUCACUGAGCAAAGGUAGUUGGCCAAAGGUCCUAAAAAGAAAAGGGCAGAACAUCUUGGGACUACAAUUUCCUUUAUCGGCUGAUAUCAGCGUUUUGAUUCUUCACUUUGAGUACCUCCAGUGAACCGUCUUCAUCCUCUGUUCGUCUUCUCCCUUCAUCCCUCUGUCUGGCUGGGGUGUGAACGAGGGAGUCCAUGGACAGACCUUUCAAUGACUGAGGAGUUGUGUACCGGCUGGUUUCGCAUCAUUGCAGGCUCUUUGGAGAUAGAGGAAUGCAAAUCUGCAACCAUGAUGGAAGGAUUGAAAAAACGUACCAGGAAGGCCUUUGGGAUACGGAAGAAAGAGAAGGACAAUGACUCUGCGGGGUCCCCAGACCGAGACAGCGGUUCUCAGAAGAAGACCAACGGGGCCCCUAAUGGCUUCUACGAAGAUAUCGACUGGGACAGAUAUAACUCUCCUGAGGUGGAUGAUGAAGGCUACAGCAUGAGACCUGAAGAGGAAUCAGAAGAGGGAGCGCCUACCAUCAAAAAGCCCCACUUCUUUUCCUCUGAUGAGUCGGAAGGAGAGGAGGACCACAGGAAAAAGUUCAAAAUCAAGAUCAAGCCGCUGCCGGCUGAUCGCGUAGCGUCUGUGCCCUCCGUCGACGAGCUCAAAGCCUCCAUAGGCAACAUCGCCCUGUCCCCGUCUCCUAUGAAACGUAGCCCGGGUUUGAAAAGGAACACAUCCAGUGAGGAGAUUGCCAGACCGAGACGUGUCGUCCCUACUUUACCCACCGUGGCCCCCACACCGGGUCCAGCACCACAACCUCCCAGCAGUCAACAAACACCAGUCGCUGAGGACACCACAGCCUUAUUUGGGCCUCCUUUGGAAACAGCCUUUGGAGAACCAAAAACCGAAGUGGGUCUCUCUGAGUCCGAUCCGUGGGGGGCUCCUCUGUCAGAGCCUGAAUCCUCUUUGUCAAGAUCCUUCCCCACAGGAACUCCACCUCCACUUCCACCCAAGAAUGUCCCGACCCCUCCCCUGUCGACCGGCCCUCCCUCUGCAGAUGGCUCUGAAGUGUCAACAGAAGCAGACGGUUCCACCAGGAAGCCCUCAAUAGCUGACUUGGACAACAUUUUUGGACCAGAACAGCCUUCCUCUGCUGGCGAGGAUACGGGUGACACAUGGGUCUGCUUCAGUGCAGAGUCUUCUGACCGGCCACCUCUACCGGAGGAACCAGCACCUCCCCUACCAGGCUCCCCUCCUCCACCUGAAUCUCCUGCCCCACCCUUACCAACAUCACCACCUCCUCCAGAAGACCCUGCACCACCUCUCCCUACAUCCCCUCCCCCAAAAGAAGAACAUGUGCCCCCUCUCCAAACCUCCCUGUCUUCCUCGGAGGAGCCAGCUGCACUUCCUGCCCCUUCAGAUCCUCCUACACCUGAGGUCCGAAAUCCUCUCACGCUGGCAACCUCUCCACCCCCUGCACCUCCAAAGGAGAAGCUUGCGUCUCCUCCCACUUCUUCUCCCCCUCCUCUUGACUCCCCAUCCAGCGUCCCGCCAGCCCCUGCUCCAAAAGCAAGCACCCCUCCUGCUGAUGGAACUGCAACAUGCUCCAUCCAACCGCCUCUUGUCCUGUCUCAAGAGGAACAGCCCAAGAACACAGAAGUCACCCAAUCCAAAGAGGACGGAGGUGAAACUGUCCCCUCACCCACUGAUGCUAGCCAAGGGAGCCGGAGUACGCCUCCCCCACCUCCUCCCCCUACAUAUCGGGCGGUGGUGUCGUCACCGGGUCCCACAUCUGGAGCUGGUGGUUCAAAUAGUGGUUCCUCCUCUCCGGUGCGACCUGCCACUCCUUCGUCAGUCAACCCCACCCCACCACCACCUCCACCACGCCCCCCUUCACGGCCCAAACUUCCUCCAGGGAAACCCACUGUAGGAGAUGCAAGUCGUCCGUUCAGCCCGCCGGUCCACUCUGCCAGCCCCCCUCCCAUCGCCCCUUUGGCACGGGCCGAGAGCACCUCCUCCAUCUCCUCCACCAACUCCCUGAGUGCCGCUACCACCCCCACCGUCAACAAAGAGCUGUCCGUGUCCGUGUCAGAGAAUGACCAGCCAUCCCUUGUAUGGUUUGACAGAGGGAAGUUUUAUUUAACCUUUGAAGGCUGCUCCAGAGGGCCCAGUCCCCUCACAAUGGGGGCUCAGGACACUCUUCCUGUGGCAGCCGCGUUCACAGAGACGGUCAACGCCUUCUUUAAAGGAGCUGACCCCAGCAAGUGUGUUGUGAAGGUCAUAGGUGAGAUGGUUUUGUCGUUUCCGGCGGGCAUCACACGGCACUUUGCCAAUAACCCGUCCCCCGCCGUGCUAACCUUCAGCAUAACCAACUACAGCCGACUGGAGCAUGUGCUGCCUAACCCCCAGCUCCUCUGCUGCGACACGACCACACAAGCCAAGGCAGAUGCCAAGGACUUCUGGGUGAACAUGCCAAACCUGAUAUCCCAUUUAAAGAAGGUGGCAGAGCAGAAGCCUCAGGCAACAUACUACAACGUGGACAUGCUCAAGUAUCAGGUAUCAACGGAGGGGCUUCAGUCGAUUCCUUUGAAUCUAGCGGUCAGCUGGAGAUGUGAGCCCACCAGCACUGACCUGAGGAUAGACUACAAAUACAACGGGGAGGCCAUGACGACGCCGAUGGCCCUCAACAAUGUCCAGUUCCUCGUCCCGGUCGAUGGAGGGGUUUCAAAACUACAGGCUGUCUUACCUCCUGCUGCAUGGAAUGCGGAGCACCAACGAAUCCUUUGGAAGAUCCCUGAUAUCUCACAGAAAUCUGAAAACGGAGGUGUGGGGUCGUUGUUAGCACGCUUUCAGCUAACAGAAGGCCCCAGUAAACCAGCUGCACUUGCGGUGCAGUUCACCAGCGAGGGCAGCACCCUGUCGGGCUGUGACAUUGAACUGGCUGGGCCAGGGUACCGCUUCUCUCUCAUCAAGAAGAGGUUUGCUGCAGGAAAAUACCUGGCCGACAACUAACCUGUGCUACUGAGAACAGCAGUGUUGAACAAAACAAUCGCAGUGGACUGAGUUUGACACAGAGGACAGAGGACAUACUGAAACCAGACAACCGACUUUCCAUUAACCUUUUCUGAACCCACACGACAGGUCCGCAGCCUACCCAGCAGUAUUGUAUAACUUGCAUAUAGCAUCGUGGAAACUGUUUUUUCGGUCAUGUAGUUAUCGUAUUUGUAUUCAUUUCAUAACAUCUGUAUUGCUGCAGUUAGACACCUGGGUUCUUCCAGCCUCUGAAGUCUGUGCCUCUGUCUCCAUCCUCCUCUGGUCAGUGUGUGGUGGUGUUGUUUUAAAGUUUCACUGCAGCUGCCUGACAUAAGACAUGGACAGAAAGAGUUUUCUGCCAGAUUUUUAACUCUGGGUGACGACUGUUUGUUGUCGAGAGUCCAGGAAGAUUUAGCUGUAAAAAUACCCAUGAAUUAGAUCUUUGCAGUCAGACACGCACCUUAACCUCUGACACAAAGUCUUAACUUCCCAAAGUUCCUAAGUUGAAGCAGGUCCUAGGAUAAUACAUUGUAAAUUGUACACUUUCAUUAUCAAAUAGAAAAAUCAGCUCUUUAAAUAAUUCUUCUGUCAGAGUCUGAGCUCAAAGCCUGAGCCAGCAGUCCCAACUGUCUUCCGCUGACGGUGGCGGAUUGCGUGUCUUUUACCAGAAAGUAAAUGCAUUUACUGAUGCAUUUUGACCCAUGUUGUCACAUGCAAAGAAACAUGAUGUUUCUUUUUGGUGCUUGAAACAAAGGAUCAAGUUACUACAAAGAAGAAAAAAACUACAUAAUCAUGCAUCACCUACUGGUACUACAGGGUCACAUGACUUUGGAUCGCAUCCUUUUUAAUGCAAAUGCACUGAUCAGUCGUUCAAACUGUUAAUUUUAUUUAUCUGGAAUACACAGACGCUAAGAGGUUUUAAGCUAGUUAGGCAGCUGCAAUGAUAAAUCAAUUAACUGGUUGCAAAAUAAGAACAUCUGUUUUCCUGUCAGAACAAAAGAAGUGUACAAAGUGUCAUUUUAAAUCAAUAAUAUAUAUCUUAAAGGGCGUUCGGUGUUUUCCUCGUGUUGUCAGAUAGCCUUUCUGUUGUUCCCGGGACAGCAGUGAUAGACCCCAGAGUACAUGACAGCAUUCUAUUUUUAUUUAUUGAUGACAAUGAUUUGUUGUAUAAAACAUGUGAUUCUGUAUACGAAUAGAAUUUGAAUGGUAUCACACAACUCAGAACCCUUAAAGGUAUAAAUAUUUGAAAUCUCUCUUUUUUUUGUUAUUUGUGUAGUUGGGUAACCUGUGUACAGUAUAAGGUAUAAUUUUUGAAUUUAUUUCAGAUAUAAUUUUUUAACUCAUGUGCAACAGAAGAUUUGAGCUAUAUAUGGGUAAGGGGGGUAAUUUAAAGAAAAAGAUAAAUAUCUUCCUGGAUGCUGUGUUAUGCUUUGUGAAAGCAGUGUUAAUGUAGAGUUAGUUAUACCAUGGGCAAGGUUCACACUUUAAAGAGUCAGUUUGACAUUUAGGGAAUUACUUGUUUUCUUUUUUUUCAAGAGUUAAUACCAUUCAUAUGUCUGUUUGACUUGAGGUUGGAGCCAGAAGUUUGUUAUCUUGGCAUAAACACUGAAAACAGCAAGCCUGGUUUUAUGGGGGGUUAUCAAGCUAUAUAAUAUGAUUCAUUUCUUACUUUUGCGAUUCCUUCACUUUUCCUCUAGCAUCGCCAUCAGAUCAGAUAAUAUAAGUAUUUCGGAUCAUUACUACCUGCAAAACUAAUGGCAUUUCCAUCAGCGUCAGCUGUGGUUUGUAUUUUAUUGGUAGUUUGCAAAUGUCAGCAUGCCAACAUGCUAAUCUAAAACGAUGAACGUUGUACAUGUUAAACCUGCUAAACAUCAGCAUGUUGGCAUUAUAAUUAAGAGAAGGAGAAAAUUAGCAUUUAGCUCAAAGCACUGCUAGCGUGACUGAAGACUGUCUUCCUUACCUUUGGACAGAGCCAGGCUAACUGUUUUCCCCAGUGUCCAUUCUUAAUGCUAAGCUAAGCUAACCAUCUUGUGACUCCAGCUUAUCAUUUAACAUACUCGGAAAGAAAGUGAAUCAGCGUGUUAUCGAAAUUGUUUAACUUUUCCUUUUAAUAAGGUCAAGUUUGUGGUACCAGUACUGGAAAAGGAUUUGUUUACUGGGACCAGCUUGAUUAUUUUUUUAUAUUUAAACCUCAUCAGAAAACUCUUGUAUUAACCCAACAUUCUCAUUUCCCACACCUACCUGUCCAGUUAUUCCUCAGCUUGGACCACAUGUCUGACCUGUUUCCAUUCACCUCAGUGGUACCUAAACUCCCUGAUUAUAUCAUGAGCAUACCCCUGAUCAUUCAACCAGCGCUUGAAUCCAUGGCUUUAUUUUGCAUAAUUGUAAUGGUCUCUGUGAGAUGACAUGAGUUGAAUGAGGUUGUGGAGCGAGGUUAAGUUGACCAAAAUGCUUUUCUUUCUUUUUGUAUUUUAUGUGUGUGUACCCCCGACAGUCAGUCCUCUGUUAAGGAGAAUAAGCUGAAUAUUUUUUAAACAGAUAAAAAUGAAAAAAUAUUAUAUUGUUUAAUGUGUAAUAAACACUGUGCUGAUGAUGUUGAACUUCCUAAAUGCUCUGACUCUCAAAACAAAGAACAAAAAGUGUGUGUGAAGUGUAUACGAAGAUCUCCGUACUGUACUGUAUGUUGGCAUUCUGUUAAAUGCAGCCAAUCAUGGUCCUUUCAGAGCCGUCGUAGAAGCAUUUGAGGCUGAAUUUAGGAAAAGAGGACUAUUAGCAACAUGUCAAUGCUAUUUUAAAUGAUAGAGUACUUUUGAUCAGGCAUAGUUUUAAACAUAUGUUAUUUGGCUUAUAGAAAAAUCUGAUUUGUCUCGUUUUGACCAGAUUUAUUCCCGUGCAGACUUGAGUGUAAAAGAGCAUUGUGGAUUUCUCUGAGGUUGCAUUUAAUUUAUCAAUGCAAGGUGAUGAUGAUUGGUGCCAUUUAGCUCCCACGCUUUGGUAACAUUUUUCUCUCAGUCAUUUCAGUCCAUCUAGUUGAAUGGAUGGAUCAACAUGCCUGACAGGAAGCUGUAACCUGGGUGAAUCUUGAAGCUAUCAGUGCAACAGUCACUCCAGCAUUAUCUACAGAGGCCCACAACCCCCACCCACCAUCAUGCAUCUGUUUUAAAUUACUACACUACAAGUGACAUGACUUUCAGCUUGAAAGUCAUGUUGGUUACCAGAUAAUUCUUUGCAUCAUCUAGUUAAAAAAAUGGACAUAAUGGAUACAAAGCUUUUACAGAUCUUCAUCUCUGUGGUGAAUUUGUCCUGCAGUAAUUCAUUAUUGCAUGCAGAGCAUGAAGUAAAAGGUGGGGCGUCCAUGAUGAUAGAUAGUACUGAAUUGACGUGUUGUGCUGAGUGUCAGUUACCUGUAUUAAUGUUGAGAAGAGAGCAGGGAGUGUGUUUAUGUGUGCUAUAAGCCAGAAUGCUUUUUGGUUCUGUACCGUUAACCUCAAAACACAUGUGCAAGCUGUUUGUACAGUACAUAACAAUGCUAAGAUGAACUGAGAAACUUAGUUUGCUUCUUUCCAAAACCAAUAAAAGUUAU